AUGGUAACCACAAGAAGUCAACAGGAAAACGCGACCGAUUAUCCCUUCGGGAUGCCCCGAGGCACCCCCGGACAGCAAACCAAUCAGAACGACGGAAUGGAGGAAUCAUACGUGGAUCGGUCUCAACAGCCUAACCCCUCAUCGGCACUCGAACAACUGAAGGCCGAAAUGAUGGAACUCAGGAGGCUUCGAGAAAAGGACGCUCACGAAUUAUCGGCCCUGAGAAGAGAAAACGCUGAGCUCAGGAGCGAUAAUAGGACAUGGCACCCCUCGCACGACGUACAGAAUCAAUCAACCCGGGAUCAGGGCGAAUCCUCAGGAUGGUACAAGGAAGUUAACAUCCCUCGACCAUCGGGCAUACCGACUACCGCAACGCAAGAUCAACAACGACGGCAGGGAAGAACGCCGUUCACACCAGACGUUGCCGGGGCUCGUUUGCCCGAUAACUGGAAAAACUUGACCGUGGAAAAGUACGAUGGAACCUCCGACCCCGAAGAACACCUUGACGCGUUCGUCACACAGGUCGGCCUGUACACCGACGACGAUGCAAUCAUGUGUAAAGUCUUCCCUACUUCGUUGAAAGGACCAGCGCUUAAUUGGUUCACACGACUCCCUCCCGGAUCAAUUGAUUCGUUCACAUCCCUGUCCUCUCGUUUCGUAAUACAGUUUGCCACGAGUCGGCCUCAUCAGCUGACAUCCAUUGCGUUGGUCAGUAUACGCCAAGAGAAGAAAGAGCCAUUGAGGGCUUUCAUGGAGAGGUUCGGGAAAAUGACGUUGUCUAUUCGGAAUUUGGAUCCGGCCGUAGCAAUGCAUCACCUCACCACAGCACUGCGGCCCGGGCCUUUUGUCAAUAGCUUGUGCAAAAAGCCCCCCCAUGACUUGGACGACCUACGGCAAAGGGCCACCAAAUAUAUGCAGAUGGAGGAACUGGCCGAGUUCCGCAACCAGAACCGAUCUGACCUGUUUCUCGGCAAAAGAGAGAAUGACAAGGAGCCUCCUAAGUCUCGUCCCCGGGAAGUCAAUGAUCGUGAGAAGAAUAACAACAGAGGUCCGAGGUAUGUGCAGUAUACGCCGCUCAACGCAAGCAGGGCCAAAGUGUUGGAGCAAGCUCUAGCCAAAGAAGUUCUGGCCGUUCCUCGAAGAGCUUUGACCCCACCUCACGCCGACAAGACAAAAGCAUGUCAAUUCCAUCGGAAUAGAGGACAUACCACCGAGGAGUGCUCCGCCCUUCGAGACCGUAUCGAAGAUCUCGUUAAGGCCGGUCACCUCCAAAACUUCAUUCGGAUAACGGAUAACAGAAGAAACGACUACCACCACGAAAGAGGGGAACCUAGGGGAGACAACCGAGGUCGAGCACCCCCCCGGAACCGAUCUCGCGAGCGUAGCAGGUCUCAAGAAGGAAACGACCAACGAAACCGCAAUCAGCCCAGACGAGUCAUAAACACCAUUGCUGGAGGUUUCGCAGGGGGGAGCUCAUCUUCAGCCCGGAAGAGACACCUGAGGGCCGUCAAGUCGGUAAACGCUAUAGGACGAACGCUUCCCGUUCGUAUGCCCCCUAUAACGUUCACUGACCGAGACUUCCACGGCAUUGAUCCGGUGCAAGACGACCCAAUGGUCAUCACCGUAGAAAUCAACAAUUGCCUCGUAAAAAAGACUCUGGUAGACCAGGGAAGUUCGGCCGAUAUAUUAUACUGGAAGACGUUUGAACAAUUGGGGAUUCCAGAACAAGAGCUCACGCCUUAUAACGAGCCUUUGGUAGGGUUUUCGGGCGAGAGGGUGGACACUCGGGGAACCAUAGACCUAUACACCUACUUCGGAGAAGACCAGCGUAGGCGGAUCAAGGUGCGUUACGUGGUGGUGCAGGCCAACACAUCGUACAACAUUCUUUUGGGCAGACCCUCUCUGAACAAACUCCGAGCCAUCGUAUCCACCCCUCACUUAACCAUGAAAUUCCCGUCGGAGGAAGGGACCGUCAUUGCUGUACAUGCGGAUCAGAAGACAGCGCGCGAAUGUUACUUCGCCAGCUUAAAAGUAGAACCAAUGUCGAAGUCAAGACGAGACGUGAAUGUUAUCGGCGACGUCGGCAAACAAAAAUUAUCAGGCUUGGAACUUGAUCCGAGGUUAGAAGAGGAAGAUAGGGUUGAACCUAUUGAGACAACAGUCCCCUUCCAACUCGGAAAGAUUGAAGGACAGGUUACCUUUUUAAGUUCUCAAUUAUCCGAAACAGAAGCUGAAGAUAUCAAACAAGUCCUGAAGAAGUAUUCAGAUCUAUUUGCUUGGACGGCAGCGGAUAUGCCGGGCAUUGAUCCAAAUUUUCAUUGCCAUCGUCUCUCGGUAUGCCGAGACGCCAAGCCCGUCGCCCAAAAGAAAAGAAAAAUGGGCGGGGAGAGAGCCCAGGCGAUAAAGGACGAGACCGCCAAAUUACUCCAGGCAAGAUUCAUAAGAGAAGUCAAGUAUUCCACUUGGUUGGCCAACGUAGUGAUGGUCAAAAAGGCCAAUGGAAAAUGGCGAAUGUGUACAGACUACACCGAUCUGAACAAGGCGUGCCCCAAAGACGCCUAUCCUCUGCCUCACAUUGAUGCAUUGGUGGACGGCGCAGCUGGCCAUCACAGAUUAAGUUUCCUGGAUGCUUACUCGGGGUACAAUCAAAUACCCAUGUACUCACCAGACGAAGAAAAAACGGCAUUUAUCACCGAUUCGGCAAACUUCUGCUACAAGGUAAUGCCCUUCGGUCUGAGAAACGCCGGUGCUACUUACCAGAGACUCAUGGACAAAAUCUUCCGCCACCAGAUAGGGACAUGUCUGGAAGUGUACGUGGAUGACAUGGUCAUCAAAUCCACUUCAGCUGUUGAUCAUUUGAAAGAUCUGAGCACGAUCUUUGAAGAAGUAAGGCGGCACCGUAUGCGAUUAAACCCGGCAAAGUGCACCUUCGGGGUGGCCGGGGGAAAAUUCUUAGGAUUCAUGUUGUCCAAAAGGGGAAUAGAAGCCAACCCCGAUAAAUGUCAGGCGAUUAUCAACAUGCAAAGUCCCCGCAACAUAAAAGAAGUACAGCGCCUAGCCGGACGCAUAGCCUCUUUGGCUCGCUUUCUCCCCUGCAUGGCCGAGAAGUCAAGGCCUAUAAUGUCCCUAUUGAAAAAAGCUACCAAGUUUUCAUGGAACCAGGAAUGCGAGACAGCUUUUCAAAACUUCAAGACAACGCUCAUGGCUCCGCCGCUGUUGAGCAAGUCGGACCCUAGCUUGGACAUGAUAAUCUACAUAUCAGUAUCAGACAAAGCUAUCAGCACAGUGUUGGUGCAGGAAAAGACCGAGCAAAUGCCUGUGUACUUUAUCAGCCGAGUCCUGCAAGACGCCGAGACGAGGUACCAACAUCUCGAGAAAACGGUCUUGGCCCUCGUACAUACUGCCAGGCGCCUUCGACAUUAUUUUCAGAGCCAUCGGGUGCUUAUUCGAACGGAUAGUCCGGUAACUAAGGUCCUGCGAAGGCCAGAGUUGGCAGGACGAAUGGUCGCUUGGUCUAUAGAAUUGUCCCAGUUUGAUAUUCGCUUUGAGCCUAGGGGACCCAUCAAGGCACAAAGCUUGGCAGAUUUCGUGAACGAGUUCACACCCCAAGAAAUCCUCGACUCUCACCUGUGGACCCUGCAUGUAGAUGGGUCAUCUAACCAUCAAGGCAGUGGUGCCGGCAUUAUUUUAGAGGGGCCUGGUCAAGUGGUGAUUGAACAGUCCCUACGUUUCGGUUUCAAGGCAUCGAAUAAUCAAGCCGAGUACGAGGCUCUUCUGGCAGGCCUACGGUUGGCAAAGGACUUAGGCAUCCCUAAAGUGCAGUGUUGGAGCGACUCGAAAGUGGUAACAGAGCAGGUAAACGGUACUUUUCAAAUCAAGGAACCAACGCUUUUAUUAUACUUUCACGCGUUCAAUAAGCUGAAAGCAGAUUUUGAAAAUGUCCAAGUCAAACACACGCCUCGAGAACUCAACAUGAGAGCCGAUCAGUUGGCCAGGCUGGCUAGCAGCAAGAAGGUUAGCCAUUUGCGCAGCAUGAUACAGCAAGAAUUGCCUAAACCGAGUAUCACACAGGCCGAGUGUCUACAAAUUCAGAAGGAAACGCCCAAUUGGAUGACGGGGAUAAUAGAAUACCUAACAGCUGGGUCGCUACCCAUCGACCCAUUGGAAGCAAAGAAGAUGAAAGUCGUGGCCGCCCGAUACACCCUAAUCGCUGGAGAAUUGUACAAAAGGGGGUUCUCGUCACCUUUGUUGAAAUGCUUGGCACCGGAUCAAGCACACUAUGUAAUUCGAGAGAUCCAUGAAGGCGUAUGCGGAACCCAUUCGGGAAGCCGAACCCUAGCAGCCAAAGUCGUCAGGGCGGGAUAUUAUUGGCCCACUCUAAUGGCAGAUUGCUCAAAGUAUGUUCAACAAUGCAAGCCCUGCCAGCAGCACGGACCAUUGACACAUCAACCACCCGAAGAGUUACACUCCAUCACCACCCCCUGGCCAUUUUCUAUUUGGGGCAUGGACAUUUUGGGACCUUUCCCACCAGCGAAAGGCCAAGUCAAAUUUCUCCUUGUGGCCGUCGACCACUUCACCAAAUGGAUUGAGGCGGAACCAGUGGCUACCAUCACGGCCAACAACGUCCAAAAAUUCUUUUGGAAGAAUGUCAUUACUCGGUUCGGAAUCCCAUAUGCUUUGAUCACGGAUAAUGGUUUGCAAUUCACCGACCGCCGUUUCAACGAGUUUUUAGCAGAGCUGGGUAUCAAGCACAAAAUGACCUCGGUAGAGCACCCCCAAUCAAAUGGGCAGGCCGAAGCGGCAAACAAAGUUAUCCUCAAAGAACUAAAACGGCGCCUCGGACAAGCUAAGGGGGCAUGGCCCGAGCAUUUACCAGAAAUCUUGUGGGCUUACCGUUGCACUCCGCAAAGCUCGACUCGGGAGACACCCUUUCGGCUUACUUACGGUACAGAUGCCAUGAUCCCGGUAGAGGUAGGAGAACCAUCACUAAGACGAACAAUGUUCAACAACCAGAUCAACGAGGAAGCCCUAAACGUGGAACUCGACCUAGUGGAAGAAGCACGCGACCAAGCCCUCAUCAUGAUGGAAGCUUGUCGAGCCAGGUUGUCCAGAAAACACCGGACCAAGGUCAAGCCUCGCGAAUUUCAAACCGGCGACUUAGUCUGGCGAGUCACAGGAGAAGCGCGAAAAGACAAGGCUCAGGGGAAGCUGGCACCGAAUUGGGACGGCCCCUACCGCAUAAUGCACAACUUGCAGAAUGGAGCAUACAAGUUAGAAGAACUCUCAGGAAAAUCCAUUCCACGAACAUGGAAUGCAACGCACUUGAAGCAUUAUUUUAGUUAG